CAGGAGCAUCGCAUGCUCCUCUAUGCAUCGUGCAGGAUCGGGAUUCGGCCGGACGACGGCAUACGGCUCCACUUCUGGCGGACGCACCGUCUCAAGGGCGAGGCAAUACACCAGAUUGUCGACUACAGCUACGCUGCCGAGCCAAUCGCGAAGCCGCACACCGUACCAGUACCAGCCGACGGAUCGCCCUAUAUAGAGCAGCUACCGGUCGUAGACGGCUUCAGAUGCUCGGACUGCCGUUUCCUAACGACGAGCCGGAAACUAAUUAGGGUCCACCGCUCGCAGGCAGGACACGACCACACAACUAGCUGCCGUGGUAGUAACAGCGGCUGGACUGAGGUACGGCUCGAGACCCUGUCGCCGGGGAGCAAUGCCCGGUACUGGGUACUC